GUAGAAACAUAAUGAUGGGUUUGUGAGAUUUUGGGAUUUACUUGGUCAGAGUGAAACAUAAAAUGUGAGACUUGGACGCCAUCUCAGCAGUGGAAAUGUGGAUUUAUUUUAUUUUUGUGGACAUCAGCUGAGCCGGGUAGCGGAAAAUGAAUCUGUCCACUUUUAAUUCGUCAACUUCACUUGUGUGACGUGGUUUGUUUACUGACGACACUUUAAAGUUCUUCCUUGUGGCAAUAAAUUAUUUACUUAUUUCGAUAAGCGUGUCGUUAACUAAGGAGGUAAAGUAAUUAGUAUUAAGUUACAAAGAAAUUGCUACUUCCGUUGCCGUUAGGCUGACCUAGGUUGAAAAAGGUGCCCAGUUAUCCUCCCGUAUCGAUUGACGUCGAAUUUGACGACGGCGGCGACGAGUUGUCACAAUUGCUCCAUUUAAUCGAAAGAGGCAGGAGGCGAGCCGUCCCGUUUUGCGGAGAACGAUGUACGGAAACUCAAGAACGUAUCGCGGCCCAAGUGGAAGCAAAACCGUUGUCAAUAUGGACGAGGAUAUGAUGGAAAGUGCCAACUCGACUCUUGCCGAAGGACUCUCUUCCAAAGUGAAUCAGCUCAAGAAUUUGGCCUUUGACCUUGACUCGGAGGCUCGUGACCAGAUCCCUCUCCUGGACGGACUUGGUGAUGAGAUGGAGUCGGGUCGGGCCCGUUUGGGCGGAUCGUCUGGGCGUUUGAGGAACAUAGGGCUCACUCGGGGCGUCACGGGGAAUAAGAUGACGUGCUACGUGGGCUUGGCUAUCGUUACGCUACUCAUCUUCUUCUACUACGUCAUCAUUCCGCGUGUUCUCAACUAAAAUAGUAUAUUUA